CCUGCAGAGGUGAAGCUCUCUCGGGAUGCUAUGAUUUGUUAGGGGAUCAAAGUAUUAAAGAACGCUCUCAAUUGAGGAGCCGGCAAUGGCGGGAAUGACGUCCGCUCAACAGGGUGUUGCAGGGUCUUCCAAUGGCCUGUGCUGCCACUGUGGGACAUUGGCCAUCCCUUUUAUUGGUCAGUGUGCACGAAGUGGCUGCUUGGCGUACCCGGGAUGCGUCAUCAGAGAUCGUCGCCCCAGCCCAUGAACCCACAGCAGCUUUGUCUCCGACGACAUCUUUCGGCGACCGAGGUGAAGUCUCAUUAGCUGUCUUGAGUGAUGUGAACACCGGGUUGGGCACUCGUUUUGGACGCAAACAGUGGCUGAUGGUGGUCUUAAUUCACCUGACCUUUCCCGGCUGGCUCGGGUUGGUGUCGCACAUGUGUCUAUUAAAUCAUCGUCUCUCCCACGACUUGCACAAUAGGCUUGCUUGUGCUUUCUCACAGUUCUGUCUGCUGUACUAUUUAAAUUAGAACCGCACUCUGGACCUGGCCUCUCAGGUUUUGGCUGGCGGAUCCGGACGAACGUCACCAUAUCACGUCUAGUCCUCUCCGGAAGCGCCCAAGGUCGCACGGCUUUGUUCCAUACAUCUCUUCGAGUACAACAGAGGCGUGAAGAUAGUUCAGCGCA